UUCACUGACCUCCCAAUUUUCAGAUUUAUCAUCAACAAAUAAUCCGAAAUUACAAUGUCUCAAGAUGUGUUCUGCUCGGUGUACUCAAAGGACUACAAAUGGUUCGAAAAUGUCGAGCGGCCGCCACCAGCGAGGGGAAUCAAUAUCGCAGAAGAUCCGGAAAAAUAUGACAAGUUCCUGUCCCCAGAAGAGCUCAAGCCCGGACAGGACUCUCUGGAUGCGAUACAACAGCUGCACCUGCUCAGGUCGAAAUCAACGUACCGCGUGGAUUACUGCGAGGAGCGCUUUCCCAGGAGUGAUGCGGCCGUCGAUCCACUGAAGGAGGACGAGCUGAUGGACUCGCUGGAGCGGGUGCUGCACCCUCCAGACCGCAAGCUGCUGCCUCCGCCGGACACGGCACGCGUGGUGUACGGCUACUGCCCGCGGCGCCGUUUCCGGUCAGGGCGUACGUUCUACACGGACGUGCACUCCAGGCCGGCCUACGAGCAGCUCAAGAGGCUCGUCCUGGAGAGGGGCACCUGCCGGCUGGCCACGCCGCCCGUCGUGUACCCGGAGCCCGACUACAGCACGCCGCCGUGCAGACAGGGAAAGGAGCCUCCGCCACGCACGUGGAUUCACCUGCGGCCCGAUCCCCACUCCUGA